CGGGCGGGUGGGGGGUGGCGGGGGUGCCCAGCCUCCCAGCUCGGAGGUCGCCGGGGCGGAGAGGAUGCUGCAGCUGCAGCCCGAGCUGCCAAGCGGGUCCGCGGAGCUCCCCGGCGCCCGCCGCAGCGGAGGGGCGCAGAGCGUGGCACCGGCCGGGCGGAGCUAGAGGCGGGCGUCUGCACCGCGUCGCGCCACCCGCAGCUCUCCGCCUCCGGCCGGCCAGGGAGUCAGUCGUGGCCGAUGUCCUGACCGGUGGCGCAUCUGCAGGGUUGGCCAGGCGCCGCUCUUGGGAAGAGGCCUGAGGAGUCCCGGCGGCGGCCGCGUCCAGCAGCUCCGGACGCCGGUCCCCCGGGGCGCGCGCCUGGGCGUUCCUCCCUCCUGCCCUAGCUCCUCGUCACCACACGGUCCUCCCCCGACCCCUCCUUCCACCCACCCUGGAGGAUGCGCUCCCCCGCGCCCAGCGGCAGAGGCCACGGCUCCCAGAAAUGCGUGCACUGGAUCCCCUUCUCCGGGACCCGAGGAGCCGGCGCAGCCGCCCUGUAGGUAGAGGCGAAAAUAAAGCAUUUAGAAGUGUCUGUGAUGCCUAAAUGAUUCAAAACACAUGUGGUAUAGAAUGCCAGAGACCAUGAAUUGUCUGCUCAUAAAUUUGAUCAAGAGCUCAAUUGAGAGAAAUGAUGUUUAUAGAGAGUUGGCUGAACAAAGGCCAUGAUGGCUACCUAGUCCCCUCCAGUUCUAGGUCGGCAGAGAGACUGGCCCUUCUCAAGAGAUUGGUGCAGUCCAGGAGCCUUUGAGACAUGCUGAUGCAAGGAAUGGCGUGUGCCCUGAGUAGCAGUAAUGACUGUUCCAGGGUUAUGACUCAUUGAUUAAAAAGGACUUUCCAAAUACUUUGCACUUUUGAUAGCAUAUUAUGGAUACCAAGGAGGAGAAGAAGGAACGGAAACAAAGUUAUUUUGCUCGACUGAAAAAGAAAAAGCAAGCCAAACAAAAUGCAGAGACAGCCUCAGCAAUGGCCACAAGGACUCAUACUGGAAAAGAAGAUGCUAACACAGUCAUUUUAGAGCAAGACAAGUGCAACAUUGCUGUGGAAGAGGAAUAUAUUACUGAUGAGAAAAAAAAGAGAAAAAGUAACCAGUUAAAGGAGAUCAGGCGUACAGAACUAAAGAGAUAUUAUAGUAUUGAUGACAAUCAAAACAAAACACACGAUAAAAAAGAAAAGAAGAUGGUGGUUCAGAAGCCCCAUGGUACUAUGGAGUACACUGCUGAAAUCCAGGACACCCUAAACUCUAUAGCACUGAAAUUUAACAUCACUCCCAAUAAACUAGUGGAGCUGAAUAAGCUUUUCACACAUACUAUUGUUCCAGGCCAGGUUCUUUUUGUGCCAGAUGCCAACUUUCCUUCCAGUACCUUAAGGUUAUCAUCAUCCAGUCCUGGUGCUACUGUCUCUCCAUCAUCAUCAGAUGCAGAAUAUGAUAAACUGCCUGAUGCUGACUUAGCAAGAAAGGCCUUAAAACCCAUCGAGAGAGUCUUAUCAUCUACUUCUGAAGAAGAUGAACCAGGCGUGGUAAAAUUUUUAAAAAUGAACUGUCGAUACUUCACCGAUGGAAAGGGUGUGGUUGGAGGCGUCAUGAUCGUCACUCCUAACAACAUCAUGUUUGACCCUCACAAGUCUGAUCCCCUGGUCAUUGAAAAUGGGUGCGAGGAGUACGGCCUCAUUUGCCCCAUGGAGGAGGUCGUUUCCAUCGCCCUGUACAAUGACAUCUCGCACAUGAAGAUCAAAGAUGCCUUGCCAUCUGACCUACCUCAGGAUCUUUGUCCUCUGUACAGGCCUGGAGAAUGGGAAGACCUGGCUUCGGAAAAGGAUAUCAACCCAUUCAGUAAGUUCAAAUCUCUCAACAAAGAAAAACGGCAGCAGGAUGUAGAGAGAGCCAUCACUUCAGAUUCUAAAUCAACAAGACCUUUAGAGAAGUCAACAGAAUACACGCAAUCGAGGCCCUCAGAUAUCUCUGGCUCAGGCAAGUUAAAGAAACUAGAGUCCUCUGCAGAGGCGACCACCAGAUCUAUCCCAGUGGCUAACGUCAGCACGGCAUCUUCUGACACUCGGGCUGCAUUUAAAUCUAUAGCCAAAGAAAAUUCUCUUUUAGGGGAAGAUGAUGACUUUGUUGACUUAGAAGAACUUUCUUCUCAAACUGAUAGUGGAAUGGACAAAACAGACACUUCAAAGGAGUGCCUUUCUCUUGACCCAGAGGAGCUAAGGAAGACGAAACCACAAAAAAUCAGUUCAACUAUGGAAACACAGGUACAGUCAGCCCAGAACUUUUCAGGAACAGAGUGUGAUGCUGAACUGAAGGGAGCCCUAGAUUUAGAAACCUGUGAGAAGCAAGAUAUGAUGCCAGAGGUAGACAAGCAGUCUGGUUCCCCAGAGAGCCAGGUGGAAAACACGCUGAACAUACAUGAAGAUCUAGAUAAAGUUAAACUUAUCGAAUAUUACCUUAAUAAGAACAAGGAAGGGACCCAGUUAUCUGAUAACUCGCAGAAGGACGAAUUACAUGAUGACAGAAAUAUUGAGCCAGUGGGAAUAGACAUCACGCUCAGUAGUUCUCUUCCCCAAGAAGGUGAUCCCCCAAUUAAAGGCACUAAAGAGCCAGAUAAAACCCAGGUGAAAGAAAGAGCAUCUCUUCCAUUGCAACUGGGCUCUGCUACAGAAGAAAACAUGAAUAAAGACUAUCCAGACUCCUCUUUGGAAUCGACUCUGGAUAAUAGCUGCCAAGGUGCACAAAUGGAUAAUAAAUCUGAAAUUCAGUUAUGGCUAUUAAAGAGAAUUCAGGUACCCAUUGAAGAUAUACUUCCUUCAAAAGAAGAGAAAAGUAAGACUCCACCCAUGUUUCUGUGCAUUAAAGUAGGAAAACCAAUGAGAAAGUCCUUUGCCACUCACACUGCAGCCAUGGUCCAGCAGUAUGGCAAACGAAGAAAGCAACCAGAAUACUGGUUUGCUGUUCCUCGGGAGAGGGUGGAUCACUUGUACACGUUCUUUGUUCAGUGGUCUCCUGAUGUCUAUGGGAAAGAUGCCAAAGAGCAAGGCUUUGUGGUGGUAGAAAAAGAAGAACUGAAUAUGAUUGACAACUUCUUCAGUGAGCCAACCACUAAAAGUUGGGAGAUCAUCACUGUUGAGGAGGCAAAGCGCAGGAAGAGCACAUGCAGCUACUAUGAAGAUGAGGACGAAGCAGCCCUGCCAAUCCUGCAGCCCCACAGCGCGCUUCUGGAGAACAUGCACAUCGAGCAGCUGGCUCGACGCCUUCCAGCAAGGGUACAGGGGUAUCCAUGGAGACUCGCAUAUAGCACAUUAGAACAUGGAACCAGCUUGAAAACUCUCUACCGGAAAUCUGCAUCAUUAGACAGUCCUGUCCUAUUGGUCAUCAAAGAUAUGGACAAUCAGAUUUUUGGAGCAUACGCAACUCAUCCCUUCAAGUUCAGUGAUCACUAUUAUGGCACAGGCGAAACUUUUCUCUACACAUUCAGUCCUAAUUUCAAGGUCUUUAAGUGGAGUGGAGAAAACUCAUACUUUAUCAAUGGAGACUUAAGUUCUUUGGAACUUGGUGGUGGAGGGGGACGAUUUGGUUUAUGGCUAGAUGCUGAUUUAUACCAUGGACGAAGCAACUCCUGCAGCACUUUUAAUAAUGAUAUUCUAUCCAAAAAGGAAGACUUCAUAGUUCAAGACCUGGAGGUAUGGACAUUCGAGUGAAAUUGAGACUGCCUUAAAAUAGAACAUUAAAAAGACUGGGUUUGAUCAGCCCUCCUAAGGCUGGCUGGGAGAUGAAGCCCCAGCCUGACUGCCUCAUCCCAUCAUAGUGCUUUCUUUCUGCCGUCAUCUCAGAGCGUGAUCACACUGCAGAGAGAUUCUGAAAGGUACAUGUGGAAGGCAGACGAUGAAGAGAAAGAAAUCUGAAGUCCAGAUUGUCAAAAGACUUUAUACUCGCACUUCCUUCAAAUCCAUACAGUGAGGAAUCCAAAUAUUUAUAGAGGUAUGAGUUGAAUGCAAUUUUUAUUUUUGGUAACUGUGAAAAAGAAGAUACUGUGGAAAUAUAUACAUGCCUUGUACAGUUAUCAACAUAAUUUUCAUUACCAAAAUGUACAGCAUACUAUUGUUUGCCAUGGAAAAGUUAGUCUCAUUUAGAAAAAUUGAAAGUGCACAGCACUUAAAGGGAAUAUAUGAUUUUUUAAAACUUUUAUUUAUUAUUUUUAGUAUACUGUCUGAAAUGUGUUGGCAGUUUAUUUCUUUUAAUGUGUCAACUCUUAAAGAAAUGUAUACAUUUUGUGCUAUGUUUGGCAACAAACCCAUUUGAUUUAUAUAGUUUUAUAUUAAUUUUUUUUGCCCUGAUUGUUUAGGGUGAUAUGUGUAUGUAUGUGCUGCUUGAUGUCCGUAUAUACACACACACAUAUAUAUACAAACACACAUAAUUCUAAAUUUUUUAAAACUCAUCACCAAUGUCUAUUGAUUUGAAUAUUGUAGGCUAGCUUUCCAUUUAGUCAUUAAAAAGGUACAUUUUAGUUAUUUACUCUGAACAUUAUUGUGUAAAGAAGCCAUUUCUCAUAGUCAUAAGUUAAUAAUACAGGAAUGUAUACCUUUAUGACCCUAGACUUAGAACAAACCCUGCUUUUGAAAAAAAAAUGUUUUGCUUCUCAUAAAAUCAUGUGUGUUCCUAACAAAAAAACUGUACUUUCAUUGGAUUUUUUUGCAUAAUUUUCCCCAAGUUUGUAUAUUAACAAGUAGGCCAUUGUUUUAAAUAAUACUAAGUAUUUUAAUUUCUGUAUACUUUAUAUCAAAUGAAAAAUGUCAAAUUAGCCCUAUUACCUUGGUUUCUAGGCUAUUUUAUUUGAGAAAAAGCAAUGCAAAGAAGUGCAUUCAUACCAAAUUUGGAAUAAAAAGGAAAAAAAAACCUGUUUUUUAAUACAACUCACUUUCACAUCAUAAAACACUCUUAUUAAAGUUAAUAAUAAAGCCUUGUUAAAAUUUUAAA